GACACAUCUCUUUUUGUGACAGACCAAAACUUCCGUACUACAACAACAGAGCAAUACUACUCUACACUGCAGUACUCCACUAUCGCAACAAAUACUUUUGUUCAGCGAUCAUGGCAACAAUGCCGGCGACAGUCGUUGAGGACCGGAAGAAAGACCAACUGGAAACUCAAGAACGAAUCAACCAGCUGGUCUCUGAAAAUGCUGGCCUUGAGGAAGAGAAAAGGAAAAUCCUGACGGCUCUACGUUCAGAGAGAACCAUAAGGAAAAAUUUCCAAAAGGAGAGUAAGAUCAAGGAGAAGGAGAAAAAUGAAGAGAUUCACUCUCUCAGAGAAAGUUUGAAGGAAGAGAAGAACAUCUCCCUGUCAGCCAAACUUCACUGGACUGGUGAGUUCAACCGGGUCGUCAGGCUCUUGAGACAGGAGCAAGAGAGGAACAGAGAGAGCCAGGAGAAGAAGAUUAAUGGUAUAUUAUCAACCAUAUCAAACCACAAUUUGAUGGACAAGGACGCAAAGCUCCAAACUCUGGCAGAGGACAAUGAUAGGAAGUUGAGCCAUGUCGUCCAGGAAAAGGAUGAUCUGAUGAAGAUGAAGACGGCUCUCAAAGUGAAGUAUUUGGAGAGCGAAGCCAAGCUCACGGAGAAGGAAAGGCAGAUCAUCCAGAGGGAGGCAGAGUUUGAAACAAAACUCGCCACUCUGGAAGACCAAAUGACGUGUGAGCUCGCUGCAAAAGAGAGCUUUGAGAAACGGCAUGAGCUGGAAAGAGAGAGCAGAGAGAUGGAGUGGAACAACAAAGAGAGCCAAAUGGAGAACGAAAUCAAGCUCUUAAAAGAGCAAAACUCUGAUCUUCAGGUACAAAACCACAGCCUCCAGGAGCUCGAAAAGAACAGCAGAAGGCUGGAGGAGUGGAUUAACAAAGAGAGCCAAAUGGAGAACGAAAUCAAGAUCUUAAAAGAGCAAAACUCUGAUCUUCAGGUACAAAACCACAGCCUCCAGGAGCUCGAAAAGAACAGCAGAAGGAUGGAGACGGAGUGGAUUACCAAAGAGAGCCAAAUGGAGAACAAAAUCAAGAUCCUAAAAGCGCAAAACUCUGAUCUUAAGGUCAAUCUCCUUAGCCUGCAGGAGCCGGCUCAAAAAACAGACAAGGAGAAGGCCAGAAUGAAAAAGCAGGAAGAGAAGGAAGAGAAGGCCCAGAAGGCGGAAGAAAAGAGGCUGAAGAAGGAGACGAAAGAGGCGGAGGAGCAAGAGAAUCAACAGAAGGAGGAAAAUAAGAAUCCCUCCCACCGAGGAGUCACGGGAGAGAUCUGCACAGCUUCAGGGAAGGCUGAUAUCGGCUAUAUCUCCGAGGUGUUCCCUCCUCGAAGCUCGCUCCUCGGCCCUCAGGACAGAAAUAAGAGCUUUGAGACGGCCUUCACUGAGGAGGGACGGAAUAACUUCCGGUUCAGCUGA